GUGUGUGUGUGUAGGGAGAAAAGAGAGUAGAUGGGGGUGGAGGGUGCGUUGGAUUUGCGCACGCGGGUGUGGUGAUUGGUCACCUCUACGUAUGAGAGGAUGCUUGUCAGCCUGCAGUUGUGUGCUUUUAAACUGCGGCGGGCAGAGGGUACAGCGGUCAGACCACACAGCUGCCGGGGACCGAGUUCAACGAGCCGAGCCGAGCCGAGCCGAGCCGAGCCGAGCCGAACCGAACCGAACCGCAUCGAAGUGAGAAGUCCGGUGAGAACCACAAGGCAGAGCCUCUCCAAAAAGCGCGCAACUAACACAGAGGAAGAGGAGCGAGGACACUCAGAGACAUGAUUCUGUCAACUGUGCCACAGCCUUUUCUUUUAUGUUUACUCUGGUUUGUUGGAUGUUGGAGCACAACAGAUGCCAGCCCCUAUGAUCGGUGGGAAGAUGGCUUGGCGUUAAGACAGGUGCGCGGCAUCCAAAGUGAUGAUUUGAGUGACGUUCUGUGGAGAGACCAGAAUGAGGAACAAGUCCAGAAUGUUUUCAAAAGAUUUCUGUUUCAUUACUCCAAAGCACGUAACUCUGUUGGAGCUGUACAGCAUGAGUCUCACUCCGUUCACCCUCUGAUGCGACUGUCGCCUAAGCUUUCCCAGAGGAGAAAGAAGGUGCUACUUCUGAUUUGAAACUGCCCGAGGGGAUGUUGUAAAAGAAAAC